AUGAGCGACAGAGGCAUUCUAAGAAAGUACAAGAUCGUCUUUUUGGGCGACCAGAGCGUCGGCAAGACGUCAUUGAUCACCAGGUUCAUGUAUGACACCUUCGAUGAGCAGUAUGCGGCCACCAUAGGCAUAGAUUUCCUCCUGAAGACGAUGUAUUUGGAGGACAACAAGACCGUACGGUUGCAGUUGUGGGACACGGCGGGCCAGGAGCGGUUCCGGUCGUUGAUUCCAUCGUAUAUACGUGAUUCCCACGUUGCCGUAGUGUGCUACGAUAUCACCAACAAAAAAUCGUUCAGUUCGUUGGAGAAGUGGGUCAGCGACGUGCGCAUGGAGCGUGGCGACGACGUGAUUGUGGUGAUUGUGGGCAACAAGUCGGACUUGAGCUCCAAGCGCCAGGUUAGCGUGGAGGAGGCCGAGGAGUUCUGCAAGCAGAUUGGCGGCAAGUUUCUCAUUGAGACGUCGACGAAGGCCAACCACAACGUGAAGCUCCUAUUCAAGAAAAUCGCUCUGUGCUUGCCGGAGUUCAGCGAGAGCGGCGACCAGCAGCAGCAGGCUGAGACAGUGGACCACAAGCAGACCGUCCACGCCUACGAAAACUACAUCAAGAAGCGCUCCGAGGGCAAGGACGCGCCAUCCCAGCAACUGAACCCUCCCAUCCAGCCCCACAACCAAAACCACUCCCACCUGUCCGUGGCCCAGGGCCUCUACUCCACGCCCCACUUGGCCCACCCGCUGCCACGAACGCCUGCGUGGCCUUCCCCUGCUGAACCGCCGCUUCGGACCGCUCCUCCGGCUGCUACGUUUGCCCAGGCCGGCAGUCUAAACGUGCCUCCGUCUGGCUGGAAUCUCCCUGCGCCGGGCUCCUCCAGAUUCGCCUACCUUACGCCCAUGAUGGUCAGCCCGCUCUCGCCCUUGUUCCACCAGCUGUUUAACCAGGUGGCGGGAAAGAACAAGCUGACGGGCACCGCCUCGUCGCUGUCCCUGGAUGCACAGCUGGAAACACAGCUGCUUCUGCCUCCGGCUCUACCGCCUGUUCGGCUCAAGGGGCUGUGGUUGAAGGACGUGUUGAACAAGGACGAGAAGCCCUCGCGGGUCGCCAUCAACAGCUUGAUAGAGGAGGAGAAGUGA